AUGGGUAUCGAGACCCUGCUCCGUAAAGGGGGCAGGAAAGAAGGAGCUUCCAGGGCCCGCAAAGAUGCGGACGAGUACGGGCCGUCCUAUGACAAGCAAUGGCGACGACGACAGGCCCAUAAAUAUCUUCUGGAACCCUUGACUGCGCCUGAACCCAACCAAGAGACCGGCCUUGGCAGCUCCCACGUCAACCCAUACAUCACUGCGGCCAAGGAGAGGCUCGAGGCCCAGACUGCUGCUGCUACCUCUGCUGCGUCUGCUGCAUCACCACCGCCUUCCCCUGCGCCAAAGAAGAAGGAGAACAGGCCAAAGCCUUGGCUCUUGAAAGACUUGCCAGGCAUCCCGGCGUACUGGCCCUCGACCAGCGCUACGCCUCAUCAACCAUAUCCCACCCCUCCAUCUUCGGCCAGCCCCACUCGUCGCAGCUUCGACGUCUUUCCGUCCAGCCCGUUUGCGACGUCAUAUCAGUCACGCCAAUCCAGCGAAUCGUCCCACCUCUCCAGCCAUCGAAAGGGCUCCCAGCAAUCGACACGAGUGUGGUCUGAAACUAUUUCUACCGCUGCCUUGACACGCCAAUCCAGCGAAUCGUCCCGCCUCUCCAGCCAUCGAAAGGGCUCCCAGCGAUUCACACGAGUGUGGUCUGAAACUAUUUCUAUCGCUGCCUUGACAACUUCUUCCGCCGUCACCCCUCCUACGUCUCCGUCACAACGCAACAGCACAAGCUCCGCCGGCGACAACAACAACGCCCUUUGCAAAAACAACACUCACUCUCCACCCCAGUGUCAACCGCGCUACGCCCGCCUUUCUGCCCAUACCUCAUCGACUACGUGGGGCCGUCAGUCCUAUCCGGAGUAUCCGCGCAACCAGCUUGACAAAGCCCGUCGAAUCCGUCAGAACGCCAGCGAUUCUACUGACUCUAAUAAGAAGAAGUAUAACAGCAAUCGUAAAUCCAGUUCGGAAGCUCGACUUGCUGAGCGAUUUCCUGGAGACAUGUCUCACCGUCCUCUUGACAUGAUUAAACGCGAGGCAAGGGCUGCCGAGCGCCCUCAUCGCCAUCGCAAGCGCAUCUCAGAGACGGACACAAUUGACGCCCUCGACACAAUUGGUGGCGCCUACCACCAUGGCGGUCCCUACGAUGCGACUCUGCGUAGCCGUAACCUUAACAAAAAGUACUCACCCGUCGCGGCUGUUCAAGACUCCAACAUGGAGGCCAUUCGUGCCACACCCCGAGAGAAUAUCAUGGAUUCAUUGAUAAAACACGUUCCCCUCCAAGGCACCGCCUCCAUUCCCAGCGGCGCGAGAGACAUGAGGGGCCGAAUCAUGUACUAUGAAGAAGGUGCCGAUUUGAUGCGAGAGCCUGAUGCCGCGGGGGGCGCGUACAAGCGAUGGGAUGGUAUUCAAUACCACCCAGACGAUCUCAAAGGCAAGGGUGAACCAUCCUUCACGCUGGAGCGCGACAUGAAGAAGGGAAGACGCCAUCGACAUCACUUGAGCGAGGCGGAUGCAUUCGAGAUGGCACCUGGCACCAACAGAUUCUCCAGGUGGGCGGCAAGUCACCAGCGCAGCGUCAGUCAGCAUUCUGCUGAGGCCUUGUCCAGCGGCGUUACGUACAAGAAUAACCCAGAUGGGGACUUGCGCCGAGCUCACUCUACCGGCAACAAGCUGAGCGACGGGCUUAAGCGGCGCUUUGGCAGCAUACGGCGGAAGAAGGACAUGCCAUCCGCGGCAGUCUCAUGA